UUUUUUUUUUGGCUGGAGUUAAAUCGGUUCCAGUCUCCUGUUUCAUCGAGUGAAUGAAGAAACCCCUCCCACAACCAGGAUGUUGUUUUUGGCAAUGUCAGGCCAAACUGGGGCCCGGCGAGUUGUAACUGCGGCUCGAGGGAGAUUUACGAAGGAUGGCAGGUGCCUGUUUACAUGUUGGCCAGAACUUGUUUACAGGAAUAGUAACCAGUACUCGUCCAACCAUCACAGAUGUUUAAAUACCACAGCUGCUCACUGGAACGCUUCGUCAUCACCAACAGCCAAUCAGAAAACCCCUUCCUACAGUUAUAUCGUUGUUGGGGCAGGGUCAGCGGGCUGCGUCCUCGCCAACCGUCUCAGUGAGGACGCCCAUGAGUCCGUGCUGCAGCUGGAGGCUGGGCCUAAGGACAUGCUUCUAGGCAUCAAAAGACUCUCAUGGAAGAUCCACAUGCCAGCUGCACUGACCUACAACCUCUGCGAUGACAAGUAUAACUGGUACUACCACACUGAACAUCAGGCUAACAUGGACAACCGGGUGUUGUACUGGCCGAGGGGCCGUGUCUGGGGCGGGUCCUCUUCACUUAACGCCAUGGUGUACAUCCGCGGACACGCUGAAGACUACAACCGCUGGCAGAGGGAGGGGGCCGAGGGCUGGGACUACGAACACUGUCUGCCUUACUUUAGGAAAGCUCAGUGUCAUGAGCUGGGAGAAAACAG